AAUGAUUAUAUAAAAUGGCAUCGCCAAGUAAGGACUUCUGUACUCUUUGUAAAGAGGAUAACGUCACAAGUGAUGCAGUCACGUGGUGUACAGAAUGUGAGGUCUUCCUUUGUGUAGAAUGUGAGAAGCAUCAUAAUAGGUCAAGAACAUCCAAAGACCAUAAAACCAUAUCGGCUGAGAAUUAUCAUGAAUUGCCUUCAUUUAUAAAAGGGACGAGCAAUCUGUGUAAAGUCCAUGACAGAAAGUUCGAACUAUACUGUUCUUUCCAUGCGUGUGCUUGCUGCGUACAUUGCACCACAGAUAACCAUCAAACAUGUCAGACCAUGAAGCCAUUGUCCGACAUUCUUAAUCAAGUCAAAUCAUCAGCUGCGGUUCCUCUCCUUGAAAAAGAUCUGAAAGAUCUAAAAGAAAAUUUUGAUGAGAUAGUAGAAUACCUGAGAAACAGAGUUAGUACAAAUGCAAAGCAGAAAUCUGAGGCAAUUCAGAACAUCCGAUCCAUGCGUAAAUCCAUCGAUGAUUACCUAAACCAACUAGAACAGCAACUUCUUAAAGAUCUAGAAAUUGAACAUUCAAAAUUGAGAUCUGAAAUAGAGACACUCUUGCUCGAAGUAGAUAAACGAGCAAAACAGAUCAGGGAAUUGCAAAACGAAUUUUUGAAUAUGACUAAAUAUGCAACUGAACUUCAAACUUAUGUAGGUCUGAACGAAAUUGAAAAAAUCACAUCACAAGAGGAAAACUACAUUGAAGAUUUAAAGCGUGGUUCAGAUUUAAACGAACGUAACUUGCAUGUGGUAACUUCGACUGCUCUUGCUUCCAUUCUACAUGAUGUCAAAUUAUUUGGAGAAAUAACAGUUGACACCCGUCCUUGUAACGUUCAUGCAAAUGCGGGAAGAAAAGAUCAAGCUCAGUAUUUAGUUCCUGUUCCAACAAUAGAACAAAUAAAUCCUUCGUUCUCAAACACUGUUAAAGUGCCUAAAGGAAGAACAUUACGUAUUGUUGAUUGUUGCAUACUACCUGAUUGCAAUUGUUUAACUCUUGAUGCAGUUCGCAAAUGUUUGCUGAUGUUUAGAAAUGAUGGGACAUUCAUCAGAUCUAUUUUGUCAUUUAAAGAGGAACCUGACAGAGUAUGCUUUGUUAAAGAUGAUACAGUGGCCGUUUCCUUUUAUACUGCAUGUGAAGUGGCCCUUGUUGAUAUAGGCAAAAGUAAGGUUGACAGAAGUUUUAAGUUUCCUGAAGUACGAUGUUCUGGAGUUUCAAGUGAUGGUCAAGUACUGGUCAUAAUAAUGCCUACUGUUAAAAAUGUCAUUGUCAUGAACCUUCUAGACGAAUCAAAACAAACCUUGGAAAGAAUUCAUGUACGUCGUAUUUCAUUGGUCAAGGGAAAUAUCUACGGCACAAACUUUUUGAAUAACACAAUAAGCUGCUACAAACUGAGUGGAGAAAUGCUUUGGACAUUUAAACACCAGGACAUUGAUGAACCAGCAGGAGUUGCAUUAGAUAAAAACGGGUUUAUUUAUGUUGCUUGCAGGAGAAGUAAUAAAAUAGUCGUAGUUUCACCUGAUGGCAAAUCAUGCAGGGCAAUAUUGAAUCACGAUAAUGGAAUUAAAGCUCCUCGAUCAAUAGCUAUUGAUAUGAAAUAUGGAAUAAUGUUAGUUGGAAGUAACAACGAGGGUGAGGAUUCGUUACUAUUUCAACUCUGAAUAAC